AACAAACGACGACGACGACGACGUCGACGACGUGGAGGAGGCUGUCGCUCGCCAGUCGCGAGAAUUGCGAGCCGUCCGAGAUCGGUGUCGCGUGCUGAACGAGAUUCGCAAAUUAAUCGGGAGACGCGGAGUCGCGCACGCAACACGAUACGGAGAUAAACUCUUACCGGAAUCAUGAGUUAUCCAAUGUCGACGAAUCAAUCUAGACCGAUGUCUCAAGGAAACUAUCAGGGCCCGGGCGACUUGCCCAUGGGCUCUGCCAAGGAACAGACACUGAUGUGGCAGCAGAAUUCCUACAUGAAUGACUCAGGUAUCCAUUCUGGUGCUGUCACUCAGGCACCAUCUCUAUCCGGCAAGGAAGAUGAAGAGAUGGAAGGGGAUCAGCUAAUGUUUGAUCUAGACCAAGGGUUUGCACAGGGUUUUACACAAGAUCAAGUUGAUGAGAUGAAUCAGCAACUGAGUCAUACUCGAUCACAGCGUGUGCGUGCUGCUAUGUUUCCUGAAACACUGGAGGAAGGUGUAGAGAUACCCUCCACGCAAUUUGAUCCCGCACAGCCCACCGCUGUACAGAGAUUGGCUGAGCCGAGUCAAAUGCUAAAGCAUGCCGUCGUUAAUUUGAUAAAUUAUCAGGAUGAUGCCGAUCUCGCUACGCGCGCUAUUCCGGAAUUGAUCAAGUUGUUGAAUGAUGAAGAUCAGGUGGUUGUUUCUCAAGCAGCUAUGAUGGUGCACCAACUGUCUAAAAAGGAAGCCUCUCGUCAUGCUAUUAUGAACAGCUCGCAAAUGGUAGCCGCCUUAGUGCGAGCUAUCUCUAACAGCGAGGAUUUAGAAUCGACGAAGGCUGCAGUUGGCACCUUGCACAAUUUAUCGCAUCACCGACAAGGAUUGCUAGCCAUUUUCAAGAGUGGCGGAAUUCCUGCGCUUGUAAAACUACUGAGUUCUCCAGUAGAGUCCGUACUCUUUUACGCCAUAACGACAUUACACAAUUUAUUGCUUCACCAAGACGGUUCUAAGAUGGCCGUACGCCUUGCUGGAGGUCUACAAAAAAUGGUCGCAUUACUUCAACGAAAUAAUGUCAAAUUUUUAGCCAUUGUUACAGAUUGUCUACAGAUACUGGCAUAUGGAAAUCAGGAGAGCAAGCUGAUUAUUCUUGCUUCACAAGGCCCGAUAGAACUCGUGCGUAUCAUGCGUUCUUACGAGUAUGAGAAAUUGUUGUGGACCACUUCGAGAGUCUUGAAAGUAUUGUCUGUUUGUCCUAGUAAUAAACCCGCGAUCGUGGAAGCUGGUGGUAUGCAGGCACUCGCCAUGCAUCUUGCAAAUCCAAGUCAAAGAUUAGUACAGAAUUGUUUAUGGACAUUGCGUAAUCUAUCAGACGCUGGCACAAAAGUUGACGGACUCGAUAAUUUAUUGCAAAGUCUCGUGCUUGUGCUCGGAUCAGCAGAUGUGAACGUGGUUACGUGCGCUGCUGGCAUUUUAUCAAACUUGACCUGUAAUAAUCAGCGUAACAAAGUUGCAGUAUGUAAUUUUGGUGGUGUCGACGCUCUGGUUCGUACUAUCAUCAAUGCCGGUGAUCGGGAGGAAAUAACCGAACCAGCGGUGUGCGCCUUACGUCAUUUGACCUCGCGUCAUAGCGAAGCGGAAAUGGCGCAAAAUUCCGUUCGGUUAAAUUAUGGUAUUCAAGUUAUAGUUAAAUUACUUCACCCGCCGUCGCGCUGGCCAUUGGUGAAAGCGGUUAUUGGGUUAAUCCGCAACUUGGCUCUUUGUUCUUCUAAUCACAGCCCGUUACGCGAUCACGGCGCAAUACAUCAUCUUGUGAGACUCUUGAUGCGUGCAUUCCAGGAUACUCAACGACAACGGUCAUCUGUUGCUAGUACUGGAAGUCAGCAGACAUCGGGUGCAUAUGCGGAUGGAGUACGAAUGGAAGAAAUAGUAGAAGGUUCAGUAGGUGCUCUUCAUAUCCUCGCAAGAGAGUCCCAUAAUAGAGCGAUAAUUCGAUCGCAAAACGUAAUUCCGAUUUUCGUACAAUUAUUAUUCAACGAGAUUGAAAAUAUUCAACGUGUGGCAGCCGGUGUACUUUGUGAAUUGGCAGAUGACAAAGAAAGCGCCGAAAUAAUAGAACAAGAGGGUGCUACCGCCCCGCUGACAGAACUGCUCCAUUCCAGGAAUGAGGGUGUGGCUACUUACGCAGCGGCAGUGCUAUUCCGCAUGAGCGACGACAAGCCUCAAGAGUACAGAAAACGACUUUCCAUAGAGCUGACGAAUUCCUUAUUCCGUGAGGAGACAAAUCCGUGGAACAAUGCCGACUUCAGCAUGGCUCCGGAUCUUCAGCUACCUAAUCUUCAGGACAUGCUUGGCCCUGAACAAGGCUAUGAUGGUAUGUAUGGCCAAGGACCUCCUAGCGUACACAGCAGCCAUGGCGGUCGGGGUUAUCAACCGCAAGGUUAUGACCAGAUACCAGUAGACUCGAUGCAAGGGUUAGAGAUAGGUGGUGGCUCGACAUAUGGCGCAAUGGACACUAUGGACGUGGCGCAUGAUGGUGACUUGAGUUUCGAUCACUUGGAAGAACUUCCUGCACCGCCGCAAGAUAAUAACCAGGUUGCGGCUUGGUAUGACACCGAUCUCUGAAUCCGUGCCAUUUUCGAUCUCACGAGACAGCAAGGAAACUCAAACAGCAGGAGCAUUAUUUUAAAGUAUUAAGGGGUUAUAUACAUUUAGAGGGCUGGAAAAAGCGAUUUUUUAAGGAUUUUUUUAAACAAAAUGAAACUAU